AUGUUGGCUGACAAUGCCAUCAUUCUCUCUGCAAGUUCAUACGAUUCGAGACUCUUCUCUGGACGACACUGCAAGUCCAUGUUCAAGGUAAACAAUCGAGGAAUAGGGGAGGGCAUUCGCCCCUCGAGGAAAUCUCUGUGGACAGACGAAGAAGAGAUGUGGCUUAUUGUUACUUGCAUGGAGCAACACACCAACGAAUGGCUCGCGCAGAAUAUGCCGGGGAACAGCGGACGAACCUCACACUCCAUUGCAGGCCACCUCGCAGAUCUUCGUACAAAGGGCAAGCUCCCUCGAAGCUGGAGACAAGAAAAUGGCAACGGGGUAACAUCUUGGUCAAUCGCUGAGGACAUGGAAAUACUGGAGUGGAUACUUCACGCCAAAACACGAAUCGAUCCUGUGGUAUUCGUCGCCGCCGAUCGUUCUGGAACGGCAAUUACUAAUCGAGCAGAAUACCUGAUGGCUGACGAGGUGUUCGCCGCGCUUGUUCAUGACACCGAAGAGAGCCUUAGACUGGUCCAGCUUAACUACGACGCGACCGAGGAAGGUCCAGAGAAGGAGGAAGCAUACGAUAUUCUCGUGAUUGCGGAGGAUGAUAGCGAUCGUCUCAUCCGUGAUGCACUGCAGAAGUCGCUUGCUAGUCGAUCGUAA